AGUCGACGUCAUAAAGUGACGCAUAUUGAUGAUGUACUGUGUGCGCGCCAUUCAGAUCAAAAAACAAAAUCAUGGCGACGGUUACGGUGAAGCAAGAGCCUGAGGAUGAAGACUGUUCUUUACUUCCACUGGUCCACGACAUAAUUAAAUGCAUGGACAAGGACAACCAGGAGGUGCACCAGGAGCUGAGCAAGCUGAAGACCAAGAUCCAGGAGGCGCGGGAGCAGAUCGCCGGGAUGCCCGGCAUCGACCUCAGCCCGGAGGAGCAGCAGAGGCGGCUGCGGUUGCUACGGGAACAGGUCCGCACCAAGAACCAGCUGCUGCAGAAGUACAAGAGCCUGUGCAUGUUCGACAUCCCCAAGGCGUAGAGCCGCGCGGGGACACUGUGCGGGCGGCAGUUGCUCCUAUGCCUGGCUGUGAGCGGAUGCACGCCUGACGGACACACCCCAGGUGGCACCACCCCUGGAUGGACUCGCCCUAGACCGGUGCGUCUGGAGAUCAACUGUCCUGUAGCACGCCCUCAUUCAACAGCUGGAGCAGGGCUGCCCAACCCUGUUUCCGGAGAUCUACUGUCCUGUAGGUUUUCCACUCCAACCCUAAUUUGGCACAGCGUAUUCUACGACUUAGCAGUUCGAUGAGAUCUCCAGCUGUCGAAUGAGAUGUGCUUUGUUAGGAUUGGAGUGAGAACCAACUGGAUGGUAGAUCCUCAGGAACAGGGCUGGGCACCACUGCCAUAGACGGACGUGACCUAGGUACACACGUCUCAAGAUGGACAAAGAUAAGCCUUGCAGACCUGCUUCUGGAGAGCACUGCUGGUUGUUUUUGUUCUCAACUUAAACCAGUUCAGACCCAGUUAACCAGACCAGGCGAGUUAACCCUUUUGAAGAGUAGUUUUUUUUUUUUUUUUGGAAUGUUUUAUUCAGUGAGUCAGUGUUCUAGAACUCCAUUGCUUUCAGUGGCCAGUAGUAAUUGUGAUAUCAGCGUAAGAAUGUUCGGUUGAGAACAUUCUACUCUCAUACAUGUGAACUCACACUUUAAAGGGUUAACUCAGGACCUGGGGUGUAGAUAUGUGAACUACAGAAAUUGGCUGUGUUCAUGUAGUGCUGUUUUUAUUAUCACGGAGUGCUUUACAGUGAAAAGAGGGAACCUCAUGGUUCAACCAAACCCCCCCCCCCCCCCGUCUGUCCCCCUCCACCAACCGUGCAUGUGGUCCAGCUGCAAACCUGCUGAUGUGCUUCACCAGUGUCUCUUUCCAAGUGCUGGAUGAAGAAGAAGAAAAAAGAAAAAGCGCUCUUAGAGGAUUUACUGUUUUAUGUGAACAAAUAUGGUACUGUUUUCUUUAUCUGUUUCUUCGCUGCCCCUGAGGCACAAGUCGGUCGGGUCAUGUGGAUAAACCAGCCCUUUUCUACGAGAUUUACAUGAGAAAAGUUUCCCUCUUUUUUUUUUUUUUUUUUUUUGGUAAGGGCCCUUUUUGUAUCUUUCUAAUGAUGUAUUUAUCGUACAAUGCAAACUAAUAAAGUAGCUAAAGCUUAACCAGUUUUACCAGAGGCUAUCUUCGAUGUCUGAGGUCACUAUAUAAAAUGGAUCAGUAUAUACUGGUCAGGCGCAUUGGCGAUUGUUCUGGAGUUACUCUUCCAUUAUGUUAAAGCGUCGGUGUAACUUUGAUGCGCACUCCAGUUAUAUAACCCUGGAUGCGUUUCCUUCUCGGCUAUCCUGUAUAUUACGGUGAAAUGCACAUUGAGAUUUUCCGACUCGCAUUUCCACCAGAACAACCUAUAGAACCGUCAGAGAUACGGUUUGUGAUGCGCGCUUAAUGCCUUUGAAGUUAUAACGUACUGUAAGCUGUGCACGAGCCUUUACGCGUGUGUACUAGCAUUAAAAGUAUCUUUUCAAAUACAUUAGGAGGGUCGACCAGUACACAGAAUUUAAAUAAUCCGAUUUGACUGACAACGGCGCACGAGCGAUUCUCUCAAUCACGUUUGCUGUUUGAACACUGCUGAAGGUUUACUAUUUGAUUGGUGCGCGUUGCUGCCUCUGCAAACUACAAUACAGAUAUCACUCAUUUAAUUCUGGCAAUCUGAAGUAUGAUGGUUCCGUUUGCGAAGUGUAUUUCGAAUGUUCCUUUCGGUUAUAAACAUGUAACCGUAUAUGGUCUCUUUUACUGCAGUGUAGGUACUGUAUAUAUGCGUGCAUGCGCGUGUGCAAGUGCGUUUUUCCGUAGUCCGUCACGUCUCAGACCUCAAACGCCCAGCAUCCUCUGCUCAUCCUAGCAAAUGUGCCUUGAGAAAAAGGUUAUUUCACUUAAACUAGCUGCGCGUUUCAACGUGAGUAAGCAAGACAAGUUCUGAACUUGCCUUUUAAAACGGAUAACCAGGUAUUUGAGUUCAGCCCUGCCGAGAGCGGACAUAACAGAGUAUCGGUAUUUCAUUUACAGUGAGAUGAAGUACAAAAUGAUGCAACAGAUUUUUAUUUUUACAUUUUUUAUUUUAGAAAAGGUCAACGUUGACAUAAUAAAUAUACAUUCACGAUGAGAUUUGUUCAGGUUGCAACAAACAUUCAAGUUCAGUGUUAUAAAAUAUAUAUAUACAUAGCCUAUCACAAAAUGUAAACAGUAGUAUUCCGGACAUUGCACUCCACCCAUGGAGUUUCACCUGUCAGCAAAGGCAGAUAAAGAUUUUUUUUAAGAACACAUUUUACACCAUGUUGGAAAGAGUGUCAGUUGAUUUCUUUAAGCCACAUCACAUUUCAAGCGGUCUGUACCCCACAGAAUAAUACAUUCUCGAUUAAAGUCUGGUAUCACGCGCGCAACAGUUUGGCCAGGCGUCUCACGAUUCAUGCCGGAGAGUUUAGCCCCUUGUAAAACGCACGGCGUCUUUCGGCAUCCCAGUUCUCCCGGUUUUCGCUUUCGCGCCACGGGAAGCGGGAACAACCUCUCGCGCAUCAGGCAUCAAGUCUACGCCAGCACGGCUUCGGCGGUCUGAAUAGGAGGUUCUCGUGCACUGCCGAGUCCUGGUUCGGUUCUAGCUGAUGACACACCGCUCUUUGUCCUUCCCCUGACCGCCGCCAAUCGCCUUCUCUUUUAUGUACAUCAAGUCGCUGUGCACGCUGGGUCGUCGGGCGAAGGGCGCCACGAUCCCAUACGCGUCACUGUCUUUGAAUUUCUUGUUUUUGAUUGACUUUCUGCUGUGAAGCAUGUCGCAGUACUGCACCGAGACCUUGCGGUGCAGGUCCGGGCUCAUCUCGUGCGGCAGCUUGGCCAUGGUGAAGAGAGCCUGAAACAUUUUGUCCACGUUAGUGUUCCUCUUGGCCGAGAUCUCGAAGUAGGCACACUGCUGGUCCCCGGCGACCAGCUGUUCGAUCUCCUCCCUCUGGAUCUCCCUGUAGAACUCUCGAUCGCCCUUGUUCCCGCAGAUCACCAGGGGGACGUCUACGUUCUCUUUAGUCUUGUUUUUCAGGCAGGAUUUGGUCUCGAAGAUCUGUUGCUUCAGGCGCUGUACUUCCCGAAAAGACUCCCUGUUGUCCAGACUGAACACCAGUAUAAAGACGUCGCCUGCGGAGAAGGAAAACAAUGUUUUAUUAAAAAGACUGUUUCAAAAAAUGAAAUCUUUGCAUCGAUUUUUGCAGCAAACCUCGGGGUGGUUUAAAAAGCAACAACUGUGCACAACUUAGGAAAAAGUGGCAAAUGACCGUAAAACUGCAUGUAGUUUUCUUUUUCGAUUUUGGCAAAAAAAGAAGAAAA